AUGCCCCUACUGACCCUGCUACCGUAUCUACUGACCACGCUGCUGCUCCCCGUCUACGCGCAGUUCAACUGCGGCGCCUCCGGCAAGAAGGCCAAUACUAAGACCUCAAAGCGCGACUCGAAGCGCUCGCAAAAGUCUGAGGGUCUGGCGACCACGCAGUCGGAGCAAGAGCACGAGAGCAUGGACGACACACAGUUCGAAUCAGUGAAAGUCGUGCCCACCCACUGGCCCCACAAGUCGGCCGUCCGGCUUUUGUCAAAGAAGAAAGCGGUGGUGAAGGCGAAGCACAGCGAGGAGCCGGUGGACAGCAAGCCGAUGGAGGAGGUGGUGAUGCCGACCGCG